AUGGCGGUGGGGCAACGGGCGGGCGCCGUGCUGCUCCUCCUGGCGGCGUGGCUGCAGCCGCCGCCCGUCCGGCCCCGCAGCCUCCGUUUCGUGACGCUGGUGUACCGGCACGGAGACCGCUCGCCCAUCAAGGCCUACCCGCGGGAUCCUUUCCAGGAGGGCGCCUGGCCGCAGGGCUUCGGGCAGCUCACGCAGGUGGGGAUGCGGCAGCAGUGGGAGCUGGGCCGGGCCUUGCGGCGGCGGUACCGCGACUUCCUCAGCGCCUCGUACCGGCGGCAGGAGAUCUUCAUCCGCAGCACGGAUUAUGAUCGGACGCUGAUGAGUGCGGAGGCCAAUCUGGCCGGCCUGUAUCCCCCAGAGAAACAACAGAUGUUCAACCCUAACAUUUCCUGGCAGCCAAUCCCUGUGCACACAGUGCCGGAGUCCGGAGAAAUGCUAUUGAAAUUUCCAUUGACCCCCUGUCCACGAUAUGAACAGCUACAGAAUGAAACACGGAACUCAGCAGAAUACAUAAAUAAGACCAGAGACAAUUUGCAAUUCCUGCAGAUGGUGGCAAAUGAGACUGGAAUCCGGGAUCUGUCUCUCGAGUCUGUUUGGAGUGUGUAUGACACACUGUUCUGUGAACAAGCACACAAAAUGGAUUUGCCAUCAUGGGUGACACCAGAUGUCAUGACUCAAAUGAAGCAGCUAAAAGACUUCGGUUUUGAAUUUCUGUUCGGAAUUCAUCGUCGGGUAGAAAAAGCUCGUUUGCAAGGCGGGGUCCUGCUGGAUCACAUUAGGAAAAACCUAACCAAAGCAGCAAACAUCUCUGCCCACCAGCAACUGAAACUACUUGUCUAUUCAGCGCAUGACACCACACUUGUGGCACUGCAGAUGGCUCUAGAUGUCUACAACAAGAUUCAAGCACCAUACGCCUCAUGUCAUUUAUUUGAGCUGUACCAAGAGGAUGAUGGUAAUUUCUCUGUGGAAAUGUUUUUCCGGAAUGAGAGCGGAAAGGAACCUUUCCCGCUGACAAUUCCUGGCUGUCAGCAAAUAUGUCCAUUGCAAAGAUUCUUGGAACUCACAGAUCCUGUUGUUCCUCAGGACUGGGAGCAAGAAUGUCAGGUAGCAAGCAGUAUGCGUGACACAGGACUGUUUGUGGGUCUGGCUGUGUGUGGAUCCAUUCUCCUUCUCCUUAUAAUCCUCCUCUUGACCGUACUCCUUCGCAUUCAGUCUCAGCCCCCUGGCUACCGGCACGUUUCCAAUGAGGGAGAAGAGCAGGCCUGACAGUUGCUUCAACUCCUUCCCAGGCAAUAGGAGGGAGCAGUGUUGCCCCUAAGGAUGAUUGGGCAUCUUCAGUUACUGAGUAUUCUGCUUUGGCCGUUGCUUCCCAGAACGAAGCUGGACUGUGAUUUUUGGAUGCUUUCUAAUGAGAUGCCCAGAGAGAGGAUUAACCUAAUCUAAUGGAAGCGGACAUUUUAAUUCUGAGAAGCCACUCUACUGUGUGGUGCCCCAGUCCUCAUACAACUUGUCUGGGAUUCCCACCAUGGCCAGUUGAAGCUCAUGAAGAAUUUUCCUCCUUUCAGUGAUUGUAAAUGUAACCACUCAUCAUGACUGUAGCAGAGGCGCUUGUUUCUCCAGAAGGUGCCACAUCUAGGACAAUCAAAAAUUGCUUCUCUUUCCACACAACCUGCUUUGUGUGCUUUUCUCUCAAGCCUUUGGACUGAUGCUGGUGGGAAAGCUGGGCUUGGAGUAGAAGGCCCAGAUCACCGUGUGCAGUGGCGGCAGCUGGUCACACAGAGGAAGCUGCUGCAGAUGAUGGCAGAUAGUGACAAGUGGUUCCUGAGGCUGCUAAGUAGUUGUUGCUAGUCAGUUCUUCCCCUCCUCACAUUGCAGCUCAAGAGAAAAGAACUGGCCUGGGAUCAGGACAGAACUGCAAACCUGGCAGUAGUUUUUUUGGUAUUUGGUUCAAAGUUACAUAUGAUCCACAUCCAUAUGAUCUUGAGCAAAGAGCUUCAAGAUUAGAAUAAAUGCCAACUCCUGUAUUGUU